UCGAGGCUGCCGUGAGCUGCACCCCAGCCUGGGUGACAGAAUGAGACACUAUUUCAAAGGAAAAAAAGAAAAAAGCCUCACGUUCAGCUCCUAUCUGCCUCUCUCUAAGGAAAUACCAAGCAGGAUGCCUGGUUUGCUUUUGUGUGAACCGACAGAGCUUUACAACAUCCUGAAUCAGGCCACAAAACUCUCCAGAUUAACUGAACCCAACUAUCUCUGUUUAUUUGAUGUACGUUCCAAAUGGGAGUAUGAUGAAAGCCAUGUGAUCACGGCCCUUCGAGUGAAGAAGAAAAAUAACGAGUAUCUUCUCCCGGAGUCUGUGGACCUGGAGUGUGUGAAGUACUGCGUGGUGUAUGAUAACAACACCAGCACCCUGGAGGUACUCUUAAAAGAUGACGAUGAUGAUUCAGACUCUGAUAGUGCUGGCAAAGAUGUGGUGCCUGGAGCAGCCAUUGAGUAUGGCAGGAUCCUGACCCGCCUCACCCGCCACCCUGUCUACAUCCUGAAAGGGGGCUAUGAGCGCUUCUCAGGCACAUACCACUUCCUCCGGACCCAGAAGAUCAUCUGGAUGCCUCAGGAACUGGAUGCAUUUCAGCCAUACCCCAUUGAAAUCAUGCCAGGGGAGGUCUUCCUCGGCAAUUUCAGUCAAGCCUGUGACCCCAAAAUUCAGAAAGACUUGAAAGUCAAAGCCCAUGUCAACGUCUCCAUGGAUACAGGGCCCUUUUUUGCAGGCGAUCCUGACAGGCUUCUGCACAUCCAGAUAGAAGAUUCCCCAGAAGCCCAGAUUCUCCCCUUCUUACGCCGCACGUGUCACUUCAUUGGCUUAUUCUGGAUCACGACUCCCCAUGCUCUGGAGAGAAAGGGCCCAGCUCAGCAUAUGCCCCACCUGGGUGAGAUAAGCUCCAGGACACGUCCGACUUCUCGGGAGCCCUCAGUGAAACGAGCAACCGUGGUAUUUACCUUGAGGGCAGUGGGGCCCAAGAUUGUGGGCUGAGCGUCCUGGGCUCUGGCCCUGGCUAGAUGGCUGUGCCCUUCUGGGCUUGUUGUAAAAUGAGGGUGAUGGCUACCCACAAGCACACAUGCUCAUAGAGGCUCUAGGCUGAGCUCUGGAGACCAGGAGGUAAGUCUCUCUCCAUCCCCGCCUUCAUCCUUGGUCUGUGGGAUGUGGGUGGAACGGAAGGAAGACUACAAAGCUCUUUCAGUUCUCACUUCCAAGAUUUUCUUUGUUUUGGUUUGUUGGUUGGUUGGUGGGGUUGGGGUCUUGCUAUGUUGCCCAGGCAGGUCUUGAACUCCUGGCCUCAAGCGAUCCUCCUACCUCAGCCUCUCAAGGUGCUGGGAUUAUAGGCAUGAGCCACCACACCCAAGUGGUGCCCACCAGUUACUUAAUUCAUCACGAGUGGAUUUUUAACUCGUUCCUGUGGCUCCAGAUUGCCCGAGGAGAGUAAGAUGUGUAGAGAGAGCAGGGCUGAGUCAGGUUGGAGUCCCCACCCCGUGCCUGCCUGUCUAGCACCAACAGCUCCUGGCCUGAGCCACUGUACCAGGGGCUGGAGCAUGGCGUUUUGGCUCAGCCAUCCCUUAUUUUAAAUUUUAUUUUUUUGAGACAGGGUCUGGCUUGUUCACCCAGGCUGGAGUGUAG